GAGACGGACCUUAUUUAAGCCGUCCCGGAGUAUCCAUUGUGGGACAGAAGCAUCAGGAGACUGAAUCAAGAUGCCAAACUGGGGAGGCGGUGCAAAGUGUGCAGCCUGUGACAAGAGUGUCUACCAUGCAGAGGAGAUCCAAUGUAACGGCAGGAGCUUCCAUAAAACAUGCUUCAUCUGCAUGAGCUGCAGGAAGGCACUGGACAGCACCACGGUCGGGGCGCACGAGUCGGAGAUUUACUGCAAGUCGUGCUACGGCAAGAAGUACGGGCCUAAAGGUUACGGGUACGGACAAGGAGCCGGAGCCCUGAGCUCCGAUCCCGUCGGGCCGCUCGGAAAAGCGCCGUCUGAUGGGUCUAAACCAUGGGCGCCCUCCACCAACACCACUUCCAAUAAGUUUUCCCAGAGUUACGGAGGGUCCGACCGCUGCCCUCGCUGCUCCAAAGCGGUGUACGCCGCAGAGAAGGUGAUGGGAGGAGGGAAGCCUUGGCAUAAAACAUGUUUCCGCUGUGCCUUUUGCGGUAAAAGUCUGGAGUCGACCACAGUGACCGACAAGGAUGGGGAAAUCUACUGCAAAGUCUGCUACGCCAAAAACUUUGGGCCGAAAGGGUUCGGUCUGGGGAACGCGGCCAUGUUGGAGGGGCACGAGUGAACGUUGUCACACCUCCCAUGUUGCUCUGGUUUAUCAUUGAAUAAACAACAUUUGUA